CCGUUAUUGACAAGUUGCCAUCACCGACUUAUUCCGCUUUAACUUUGUUCAUGCUCGUUCAUGCUCGCUCACUGCUCUGCACGACGAGCAGUCAAGGUACUUCACCGACCAUGCGGGAAAGUCGAACCUCGUAGCUUCCAAAGACGAACGUUCGUUAGCAUCGAGACAUUCACAAAUGGGUUUCUGGAUCUAGCCACCGCUCUGCCUCUACCAUCGUCAUUCCCUCCGUAUUCUACGACUAUUAUAAUCUGCACUGUCGUCUCGCGUCUCAUCUGGACCGUGCCGUUUUCAAUAUGGGCAAAGCAGAGACAGCGUCGCGCUGAGGAAGAGGUCAUUCCCAUCAUAAAUUCGUUGAAACCUGGUGUAUCAAAGCUAGUUCUAGCUGAAAUGCAGAAAAUUGGUGUUCGCGGCACGAAGGAACAAAUCCAAGCAGCCCAUGGCAAACGCGUCAAGCAACUCUUGACCACGCGUCAAAAACAACUAUUUUCGGAGUAUCGUUGUAGUCCUGGAUUCACAAUGGCAAUACCUAUAAUCACACAGGUUCCGUUGUUCAUGGGGUUUUCAAUAGUGCUCAACCGGUUAUCACAAGCACCCACCCCGUUUGACUCUGAGUCGUUCUUGACGCUUUCCACACUGGCGCACGCAGACCCUACAGCUACCCUACCAAUUGCACUCGGUCUCAUCACUCUAGCCAAUGUUGAAAGUUCACGCUGGUUUAUGACCGACGAGCAACGCGAGCGUCAGGAAAAAGUUCAGAAGUGGAAAGAGGAUCGUGUCGCUCGAGGGGAGACUGUGAUCGAACCACAGAAGAUCAUUAAGUCUGUGCUGAGAUUGAUUUCUGUUGGUCGUAUCGUUGUCGCGACCAUAGUGCCAGGAGGCGUCAUUCUUUACUGGGUCACCUCAGCCACUUUUGGUUUGGUGCAGACAUGGAUCAUGGACUAUUGGGAGCUGCGGAGAAAGCGGAAGCUAGCGCUAGAUCCUACACUCUCUAAAAAGACACCACUGGCCAAGCGGUGAUGAAAACGGUUUUCAUGCAUCGCCGUGCGUGGAUGUUGGUGAGUAGGACUGUUCCAAUUCAUCACGGUUGGGCGGGAUGACUAUAAACGUGGUUCGAGGGACCACCACGUAACCACUUCCAAGGAAGUGGUCGGUGGCUCCUAUGAAUGUUUCUUGAUCUAAUAUGACCGCCCUCGAUUCUCUCUUCCAUGUACUCAAGAAGCUAAUGAGAUCUGCCUUUGCAGACCCGAAGUCGAUUUGAUAUGUACUAGAUGAUCAAAUCGGAUGGAUCGUGGGCUUUCAAUAGCUGCAGUCGAGAAUAUGAGAGUCAUUGUCAUUUCACAUAGAGAAUACUACCAGAAUCCAGUACUAGGUUUUGUGGAAUACAUGUAUUGUUGCACCAUGUGAUAAGACGAC